AUGGAGAGUUUAGUUAGAGGACUUGAAUCGCUUGGACAGACACAGGACUCAUACGGUAAUUUAUUAGUACCGAUUAUAAUCAGCAAACUGCCCGGAGAAAUCAGAAAGCAACUCGCGCGGGAGCAUGGUACGACAAAUUGGUUACUACGAGAUCUUAGAAAAAGUAUACUUAAGGAAAUACAAAUUAUGGAAGCCGGACAAGUUUCACAGACGGAAACUGAUAUUUCGACUUCAACCUUUUUCGCCGGUGCUAAAUCACAAAGAAAACACAACGCAAGUACUAGAAAUGCAAAUCACCAUUUAACAGCUAAGCCGUGCAUUUUCUGCAAAGAUAUUCAUUCGCCUGCCAAUUGCCCGAAAAUACGCGAUUUAGAAAAACGCCUCGCUAUCGUUAAACAAAACCAUUUAUGUUUCAACUGCCUCGGUAAACAUCACAUAAAGGAAUGCAAAUCAAAAGGCUCAUGUCGUAACUGCAGUAAAAGACACCACACUAGUUUAUGUAGCGAAGUUAAACACACCGCAGACCCCGAAAAGAGAAGUAACGCUGACACUAGAAAUUCUUUAAACAGUUGUAAUAAGAACGAAACUACGCCAUCUACAUCAACUAUAGUAAAUCUUGUGAAGGACACCGAGAUACAAGAAGAUUCCACGAUUUUACACUCGUCAGCACAAUUUCACUCAAAUGUAUUGUUGAAAACUGCCGUGGCCCCCGUUUGGUCAGAUCGUCAUUGCACUGAUACUAAUAUUUUGUUUGAUGAAGGCGCUCAAAGAUCUUUUGUAACGGAGAGUCUUGCGCGUAAAUUGAAUCUACAGAGAGAAGGAGCCGACAAUAUUCAACUCUCAUCAUUCGGAGAAACCAACGCAAAUGCUAGGCGACUUGAUAAAGCCACAGUUUAUGUUGAAACUGAAACUGGACAUAAAAUCCCAAUACAGGUUUUAAUCGUUCCCAUGAUAGCUACGCCGUUACAGAACCACAUUCGUUACAUUGACAGGAACAAUAACUAUUUGAAAGGACUAAAGCUCGCACAUCCUGUUACGCAACAAGAUACUUUUGAAAUUUCGUUAUUAAUUGGAGCCGAUUUUUAUUGGGAAAUAAUUGAAGAUAAAGUUGUACGCGGAAACGGACCUAUCGCAGUCAAAUCGAAACUAGGAUACUUACUUUCAGGACCGUUACACUCAGGAAAAUCUCAGUACUCAACAGCAUCUAGUAUUUUCAAUGUGCUUAUUUCACGUAAAACUGAGGAACACGACUUAGAAGCGUUUUGGAAGCUCGAAGCUAUAGGAAUUGAAUCUCCGGAAGUACACGAAAAAGAGAAUGAUUACAUACGAAAUUACCAAGAAUCUUCAAUUGAGUUUCGAGACCACAAAUAUUACGCAAAGUUACCCUGGAAAACUGACCACGAGGAGUUACCAUUAAACUAUGCUGUAACAAAGAAAAGAACAGAAAGCGUAAUAAAAAGACUGCGCCAAGAACCAAGUAUGUUAAAGAAGUACAGCGAUAUCAUAACGGAUCAAGAAAACCGCGGAUUCAUUGAAAGAGUAUAUGAAACUGAACCGAUUUCGAACAAAAUUCACUACAUUCCACAUCAUCCAGUAAAAAAGGACUCAAGCACGACGCCAAUAAGAAUAGUGUACGAUUGUAGUUGUCGGAUUUCAUCAAACCAUCCCAGUUUGAAUGACUGUCUCAUGAACACUCCGCCGAUACUUAAUGAUUUAACGAAGAUUUUAAUUCGAUUUCGACUCAACCGUUAUGCCAUAUCAACGGACAUUGAAAAAGCCUUUUUACAUGUUGGACUACACGAAGACGACAGGGAUGUCACACGUUUUCUAUGGCUAAGCAAUCCAUCAGAUCCUGAUAGCCAUUUGAUUGAAUACAGAUUUAAAGCUGUACUAUUUGGAGCAACUUGCUCACCUUUCAUUCUAAAUGCCACGUUAUUAAAACAUUUACAGCAAACCAACAAUACAACAACGAAAUUAUUAGAAAGGGACCUGUAUGUUGACAACAUAUUGUCUAGCUUAAAUACAGAAGAUGACGCCAUUGUUUAUUUCAAAGAAGCUCGUACAUUAAUGAACAAAGCCGGUUUUAAUCUGAGAUCUUGGACUUCAAACAGCGAAAAGGUUCGUACAUUAGCAGCAACAGAAAACGUACUCGAUACAGAUGAAGAAACAAAGAUUUUAGGAAUGCGAUGGAACAGCGUAACCGAUGAACUGUUUUACCCAAAACGAGAAAUUCUUAAUUCUUCACAAAUAGUAACUAAGCGUGAAAUUUUGAAACAUUCGUCACGAAUUUAUGACCCUCUCGGACUAUUAAGUCCAGUCACAAUUAGAAAUAAAAUACUUUUACAAGACAUAUGGAAAAGAGGAUUUGACUGGGACCAAAAAGUUGAUGAAGACAUACGUAUUUCAUGGAUGGAUCUUGCCAAAGACGUAGAACAAGUAACACAUGAGGUAUUUAAUAGAUACUUAUUUUCUAAAACUAGUUGUAACUCAACAGGAAAUAAUUUACAUGUAUUUGUUGAUGCUAGUACAAAGGCGUAUGGUGCAGUAGCAUACUUGUGUAACGGAAGUGAUAGUACACUCGUGAUGGCAAAGUCAAGAGUAGCCCCGCUUAAAGAACUUACGUUACCGCAACUUGAAUUAAUGGCCGCCGUUAUUGGGGCACGUUUAGUAAAUCACCUUAAAUCAACAUUAGAAUGUUCAAGCAUAACUCUAUGGUCCGACAGCCAGAUAGUCCUACAUUGGUUAAAAUCAACAAAAACGUUAAAACGUUUUAUUACAAAUCGAGUGAACGAGAUAAAUGAUUUGACGUAUUCUCAUAUGUGGAAAUAUUGCCCAACUGACUGUAAUCCAGCCGAUUUGUUAACCCGUGGUAUAACAAGCGAGAGGUAUAAGGAAAGUACAUUAUGGAAAACAGGACCCAGUUGGCUUACGGACACUUCUAAAUUUCCAAAUACCACAAUUGUAAGCGACGCCUCAUUAUCUGUUUUAAUCAAUGACCAAGAAAACAGUCAAGCGACAAGAGACAUUUCAACUGAUAAAAAUGAAAAUCAACCAGGACUUCACGUUAUUAUGGAGAUAAACCGAUAUGGAUCGUAUAAGAGACUGUUACGUAUAACUGCUUAUGUACAACGUUUCGUUAGUAAGUGUCGUAAGCAAUGCAAUUCAAUACAAACAGGACAAUUGAAACCACCAGAAAUACAGAAAUCCGCGGAAUUAUGGAUAAAGCACUGUCAGGAGACGAGUUUUCCACAAGAAUAUAAGGCGCUGAAAUCGAAAACGACAACAAAUUUACCUAGAAUAAGACAACUACGUUUAUUCUUAGACGACAACAAUCUUAUGAGAUGUCAAGGACGAAUACACAACGCACCAAUAUCGGAAUUCGCAAAAUUCCCGUAUAUACUACCAUCAAAUCACGCAUUGGCUGAACUCAUCAUAAUGGACGCGCAUAGACAAGUUUUACAUUCAGGCUGUAAUAUGACAAUAACUCACAUAAGACAGACAUUUUGGAUACCUGCAAUUCGACAAGUUAUUAGAAAAAUGCUGAGAAGAUGUGUUACAUGCCGUAAAAUAAUAGGAAAGCCAUAUUCAGCACCCGACCCUCCUCCAUUACAGAAGAUAAGACUACAAGAAGCGCCACCGUUUACGGCUACAGGAAUAGAUUUUACAGGAGCACUACAUAUAAGACAAACAGACAAUUUUUUUGAGGCCCCGAGAAUGUCGAGAAGACCGCGGGACCGGCAACGUAUCGGAAGUCACAUUGUAUCUAAGGGCGACGUCACACGGCGACGUCUCCUUAUAUUCUUAGUAACUAGCAACAUCAAUGACAUGGGCUCAUGA